GUAUGAAAAAUUUAAGAAGAUUUUUGAGGUUAUUUGCUUUCUUGGAGGUUAUAAAAAUAAAGUCAUGAAAAAUAUAACAAUUUUAUAAUUGUCACAAACAAAAGUAGUAUAAUUUAACAUUAAUUUGGACUCAAGCUAGGUAAAAUGGCCUCUUCUAUGUGGAAACUAUGUAGAUUAAAUUUAAACGGAAAUAUAGGAUUCUUCUCUUGUGGCCAGGUAAGGAGUGGUCAUCAUCUUAGAGGAAGACCCCCAGGAGUAGCAAGAUCUUUAGAUCAGGUACUUGCUGAGAAAAAUUAUAAGGACCCUGCUAUACAUUUUCGAGUUGACAUUGGUUUACCCCCUCCUGUACAUUCACGAUCAAAACGUUUAGAAGAAAGAUUGAGAGUAUUCAAAGAACAGAAAAAAAAUUCUGCUUUGGAAAAGUUAGCUCGUAAAAAACAAUUAUUCAUUGAUCUGGAAGAAACGAAGAAAGAAUGGAUGAAGACGGUUGGCCCCAAUCACAUAAAGAAUAUAUCUGAUCAUUACGGUGUUUAUGAGCAUCUGUUUGGAGAUGCUUAUUUUUAUAAUCGUGUACCAUUAAGUGUAACAUAUGAUAAAGAUGAUGGUAAAAUACCUGUUUGUUUUGGAAACAUCAUUAAACCUAUUGAAACCAGUAAAAAACCCUGUGUGACCUAUGAAUGUGAAGACAACACAUUUUGGUCCUUGAUUUUGACCAAUCCAGAUGGACAUUUCACUGAAUCUGACUCUGAAUAUAUCCAUUGGUUUGUGGGGAAUAUACCAGGUAAUGCAAUUGAGAAAGGUGAAACAUUGAUUGAAUAUCUACAACCUUUUCCACCAAAAGGUACAGGAUACCACAGACUUAUAUUUGUGUUGUAUAAACAAGAAAAGGAACUUGACUUUUCGUCAUUCAAAAGAGAAGGUUUAUGUUUGGAUUUAUCUCAAAGAACUUUUUCUACAUACAACUUCUACAAGAAUAAUCAAGAUGAUUUAACACCUGCUGGUUUAGCAUUCUUUCAAACAGAUUGGGAUCCUUCUUUAAAAAAAUUCUAUCAUGAUGUUUUGGAUAUGAAGGAACCGAUAUUUGAAUAUGAUUUCCCACCACCUCACAUAAGGAAGCAAGAAUGGUUUCCUUUAAGAAAACCAUUCAAUUUGUACCUGGACAAAUACAGAGAUCCUAAACAAAUCAAUAAGGAGUUUCUGAUGAGGAAAAUGAAAAAUGUACAUCCUUUCAAAGAACCUCCACCUCCUGUACCUUAUCCCAAUGCAGAAUAUUUUGAAGGGUACAUUCCAACAUGGUUAAAGUUGGAAAUGAGGAAAUCAAAAUUGAAGUGGGGUAGAAUAAAUGAUAUUGAGUAAUGUAUGUUCUGUAUUAUUUUAAAAUAAAUCAUUUUUCAAGUAAA